AAUACUGUUUUGCAAAAAAGUUUUACAAGUUCUUCUGCAAUAUCAAAAGUAGUGAUUCAAGAAAACUAUAAAGAAUUAUCUAGUAGUGACAAUAAUGGAAAUGAUUAUAGUGGUGAUAGCAAUUAUGAAUAUUAG